AUAAUGGAUCUCUUCCGAAAACCGAAAAAGCGCAAUGCACCCGUCGUUCGUAAAAAGGAAAGCUCAAGUGAUGAGGAUCAAGAUUCAGAAGUGAAGGAUGUGAUUCAAAAGCGACGUCGUACGAAUCCGAUGGUCCAGUCGACCAAACAACUAGACGCCUCAACACGACGUGCUGAUAAUUCAUCGGAUGAUUCUGACGACUCUGACGACAAUCAGGAUAUCGCAGUAGCAACUCACUCGUUCGCCGCUUCAGGAGAUGCCGGUCCAUCUGGACCACGUGAUCAAGGUGCCACUGCAACACUCGAAGUGGACACAGACUAUUCACACGAUGCCCAGGCUCAAUUCGAACGAGUCCAACAGCAACUGAAGGAAGGCGUCGAGAAAGACGGAAAAAUUCUGUACAAGGGAAGUGCACUGUAUGGAGCCAAAGAGGCGAAGGAUACGGCCAAGGGAAACGCUGCAAGUGGUUAUAAUCGAGUUGGGCCCGUUCGGGCGCCACAAUUUCUACGACAAACAGUCCGUUGGGAUUUUGCACCGGAUAUUUGCAAGGAUUACAAGGAGACUGGAUUCUGUACGUUUGGAGAUUCGUGUAAAUUUGUGCACGACCGAUCGGACUAUAAACACGGAUGGGAGAUUGAUGAGGAGUACGAAGCAGGAAAAUAUGGUGCUGAAGACGAUGCGAAUUACGAGAUUCAUGAAGGCGACGAUACGUUUCCGGAGGAUUGUUUUAUUUGCGGAAAUCCAUUUGUUGAUCCGAUCGUGACAAAAUGCAAGCACUACUUUUGCACCGGUUGUGCGUUGAAAUCGUUCCAAAAGUCGUCAAAAUGCCCAAUAUGUCAGCAGAAUACUGAGAAUAUUAUGAAUACCGCAAAAGAGCUCCUAACCUACCUGAAACGGAAGAAGCAACAACAGAAGCAAGAAGCCGAGAAACAGGAAGAAGAAAAAGAUAGUGACGAUGAUGAAAAACCACACGAAUGCGACGAUCACCAUCAUCAUGAUCACGAAGAUGAGCCCGAGGAGCCUGAAAACGACUCAAAUGUUCCAGAAGCCGAGGAGAAGAGCGAUGAGGAACAGGAGAUUAUGAUGGAGGAUGUGGAAGGGCUUGAAGGUGGAGAAAAUGACUCUGAGAGUGAUGAUGAUGAUGCUGAAAAAGAUUGAUAAUUUUUAUUUUUUUUUUAAAUAUUUCUGUACGGUGAUUGUCUGUGAGUAAACUAAAUAUGAUUUUUUUUCUU